CGACUUAGCCAUUAUAUAUAUCCAUCAAUUGAUUUCACUUCUUCAUACCAACGUACAGCUUAGCCUGCGGUUCACAGCUUCUAUGGAGCUUCAUCUUCUUCCCAUUCUAACCUGCCUCUCUCUGCUGGUGGUUGUAAACAAUGCUUCUCUACCUUCUGAGGUCUACUGGAAGUUGGCUUUGCCGUAUACUCGGAUGCCCAAAGUCGUGCGAGAUCUCUUGCAGCUGAGUUAGUUUCAAUGAAUCCCUAACUCAUAUGCAAAUUUUUUUUUUUGUUCUUUUUUGAAAUUUGGUGAAGAAAAUAAUUUACUGUUGAAUAUUAGUUAGGCAACUGAUUCUUAAUUAGCCACCUUGGCAUAAUUGUAAUAGCUAGUAAGGGGAUAUUAUUCAUAUACGUUUCAAUGAGUUUGCAGACUCAAUGGAAGGUGGAAGUUCAAUCAAUGUGAGCAAGGUUAUACUAAAUGCCAUCCCAGCGGAUGUCUUUAUCAAAUACCAAAACCCAUCGGCUGCUGACACCCCCACUGAAGACCAACCUCCAGAAAAGGUUACUUCUUGGAAAAAGACCUGCAUUCCACCACAAAAAUGAAGAUGCACUUUAGAAAAACUACAAAUGAAGCCACUUUGUUACCCCGUCAAGUGGCCGACUCCAUACCCUUUUCAUCUGACAAGUUCCCAGAAAUUCUAAAUCGGUUUUCACUUAAACAAGAGUCCAAGGAAGCUGAAAUAAUGAAGAAAACGAUACAAGAUUGCGAACAACCAGCCCUGGAAGGAGAUUCCAGGUUUUGUGCCACAUCCUUGGAAUCCUUAAUUGAUUUAAGCAUUUCAAAGCUUGGAAAAAACAUCAAACUAAUCUCAAAUGGAGUUGAAAUGGGAAGCCAAGAAUACGAACUCGGAGUGGGAGUGAAGGUGGUUGCAGACAAAUCAGUGGUGUGCCAUAAGCAGAAGUAUCCAUACGCUGUGUUUUACUGCCAUGCAAUCCAUAAGACGAGGGUUUACACACUUCCAUUUGUGGGAACCGAGGAUGGAACCAAAGCUGAGGUUGUGGCUUCUUGCCAUAUAGAUAUGUCGGCUUGGAACCCGAAGCAUGCGACCUUUCAAGUGCUGAAAGUUAAACCAGGAACUGUCCCUGUUUGCCACUUCCUUCCUCGUGAUGAUCUCAUCUAGGUUCCUAAAUAACUAGAAAUCUGAAAGAAAAAAAAAAGCCUCAAGCCCAAUCGCAUAAGUCGAUCUUGUAUUUUCUAAUAUCCAUAUCUGAUGUGCUUUGAAUAAGUGUUGGUUAGAGGAAUGUAUGUAUGUCUAUGGGUACUAUUUGCAAUGUAAUUCGGGUUAUGCCA